UCUGGGACGGACACUAACAAAGUAUUUAGCAGCUUACCGCGCCUUAGAGCCGUUAAUUAAUCCCUUCAGAGACCGGUCGCAGCUCAGUAGCAUGCAAAAUAUGUUAACCAUCAUCUCCAACGCUCUUUGUCGGAUCACUGGCAGGAAUGUGGGAGCCCAAACAGUGUCUGAGUUGCUGAUUGACCUGUCAGAGUACGUCAAUCUAACCUCACCGGCGGCGCCUGCCUUGGCAACGACCCAGCGACAACCACCUAAACCACCACCAGUCAGUACUAGAGCAUCUGUGGCACAGUUAGUUAGCUCCCAGGCCGACGCGCUAGACACUCCAGGCACCAGAGUCGUGGUCUCCCGCUCCUUCGCUGACUUCACCCCUCAGGCGACCUUUGACAUCAAGAAAUGCGACAUGCACCGUCUGGAGGACGGUCCUCCGCUGAAGGCGGAGCUGACUCGGGAUCAGGGUUUGCAGUACUACCGCACCAUGCAGACUGUGAGGCGCAUGGAGCUGAAAGCCGAUCAGCUGUACAAACAGAAGAUCAUCAGAGGCUUCUGUCACCUGUAUGAUGGACAGGAAGCGUGUGCUGCAGGCAUCGAGGCAGCCAUCACCCCCUCUGAUCACCUGAUCACGGCGUACCGCGCCCACGGAUACACGUUCACCCGCGGCGUGUCCAUCAAAGAGAUCCUGGCGGAGCUCACAGGUCGUAAAGGGGGCGUGGCCAAAGGCAAAGGAGGUUCAAUGCACAUGUACGCCCCUCAUUUCUAUGGAGGCAACGGCAUUGUGGGAGCACAGGUUCCUCUGGGAGCAGGUAUCGCUCUGGCCUGUCUGUACCAAGGCAACAAUCAGAUCUGUGUCACGCUCUACGGAGACGGAGCAGCCAAUCAGGGUCAGCUCUUUGAGUCUUUCAACAUGGCCGCCUUGUGGAAGCUGCCCUGUAUUUUCAUCUGCGAGAACAACAAGUACGGCAUGGGGACGUCGGUGGAGAGAGCUUCAGCCAGCACCGACUACUACAAGAGAGGAGACUACAUCCCAGGAAUCAGAGUGGAUGGGAUGGAUGUCCUGUGUGUCAGAGAGGCCACCAAAUUCGCUGCAGAUCAUUGCCGAUCAGGAAAGGGUCCCAUUAUAAUGGAGCUGCAGACCUACCGUUACCAUGGGCACAGCAUGAGUGACCCCGGGGUCAGCUACCGCACUCGUGAGGAGAUCCAGGAGGUUCGCAGUAAGAGCGACCCCAUCUCCUUGCUGAAAGAGCGCAUGCUCACCAACAACAUGGCGUCUGUGGAGGAGUUCAAGGAAAUUGACAUCGAGAUCCGAAAGCAGGUGGAGGACGCGGCUCAGUUUGCCACAUCAGAUCCAGAGCCGCCGCUGGAGGAGCUGUGCAACCACAUCUUCUCCAACAGCCCGCCGCUGGAGGUCCGCGGGACGCACCCCUGGGCCAAACUCAAGUCCAUCAGCUAGACUCGCACUUCACACACCCAAAGAAUAACGUGUACACACCGACCUUCUAACCUCCAACCCCCAGUACUAAACACGGCCCUUUCACUGCUCCACAAAUAUCCAGAAACGAUCAGCACAUCCUCCCUCGACUUUAGAGCUCAGCAUUCCUGCACCUUAAUGGGACUCAGCUUUGACCUGAAACCUGUCAGUGUUAUUUAUUUAUAGUUUUAUAUAGAAAUAUUUAAGAUUUAUUCCUCGUCUGUAUGUUUGUUCUGCUCUGUCCUGCCGUAUAUCUGACCAGUCGGUGUUGUACCAUCAUCAAGCCGGAGACUGUUUGAAAAUGAGAAGAUGAGCCAUUCCUCUGAGCGCACUGUGUGUACUUUAAAGGUUUUAUUUACAGCAGGGCUGCACAAUAUACGCACAAAAGUUAAAGUUUCACAUUUUAAACUUUCUUUUCCCAUUGUGACAUGUCUGAUAUGAAUUACCUCCAUGUUUAUCCAGCGUUCUGCAGGUGUUUUUAAGCUUUUAAAAGUGCGGGAAAGUGGGAUGAAUACGUGCAGAAGGUGUUUGAAACACGAGAAAUCACUUCCAACUUUGAGAAAUUCAAUUAUAAAGUCACAGUUUUUUUUUUUUUUUAAAG